AUGCGAGACGUGUCUCCACCCCGCGUCGCUUCGCGGCGCACGCCGUCCGCCGCGGAGGCGCUUGCUGCGGCUCGGCGGCUGCAGGAGGAAAGGAAGAAGCGCAAGGCGCGCGAGCGGAGGGAGGGCGAUGAGGCGGGAGAGAAUGGAGGGCGGGGAGAGCGCCCAGAUCGAAGCGCUGAAAGGGAGCGCAACGAGAAGACGCGAGGCAGGAGAGAGAAGGAGCGCGACCGCGCCUCGUCUGAAGAAGCGCGGAGAAGGAGGCGGCACAGGGGGGGCAGCGGGGAACGCUCUGUAGAGCGAGAGGUGCGACGGGACAGGAGAGACACAGCCGGAGGCGACGGAAGCGAGGAGAGAGAGCGCAGAGAGCGACGCAGCUGGCGCGACCGCUCCAGCAGCCCGCGGCAGGAUGACGAGCGGCGCCGCAGGAGGCCCCGCGAAGACGAAGACGAUAGGCGCGGCGGUGAGAGAGCGCGAGGCAGCGGAGAGGAGAGGUGCAGUGAGUCGGCUUCGAAGAAGCGCGAGCCCGUCCUGUCUGGCGGCGAGGCACUCGCGGCCGUCGAGAAGCUUCAGGCGGAGAAGAAGAGGGAGCAUGACCGGAAGCGCGCGCAGCAGAGAGAAGAAGAGCAGCGGCGCGCGGAAGAAGAGAAAGAGAUUCUGGAGAAAGAGAUCUCGCGCAGACGCGAAGAGAAAGUUGCGUCUCUGCAGGAGUCGCUGAAAAAUGCGAAGGAGUUCCUCGCUCUCGCCGCGCAAGCGGCAAUUCUUUCUCCGCCGGUUCCCGCGCCAAUCCCGUUUCCUUCUCUGCUUCCGCCGCUCCUUCCCGCGCAGCCGCCCCCCUCUUCAGCACCUGCGGGUUCGAUAGGCGCCGAAGAACGAGACGAAGGCGGCCGCGCCUACGGGGAGAGAGACAAAAGGGGAGAGAACGAGCGGUUGGACCGGGAGCCGCGAGGCGGCGCAGGCGACUGGGCCCAGGGGCGAGCCCGCGAAGGCGGCCGCAGAGAGGAUUAUUGGGGACCCGGCGGCGCGAGGAGGGGGGAGGAGAGAGACGACCUGCGUGAGAAGCCUGAGAGAAGAGGCCGCGAGGACGCGCGCCGCCCCCCUCGAGACUGGAGGGGGGAGGAGAGGGACAGCCGCGCGGAGCGCGAGCGGAGUCGCGACGCGCCUCCGCUGCGACGCCUUCCUCCACCUGGAAGGUCUGAAGGCGAGUGGGAGCCGGAGCGCGCUCGAGACUUUCCGAUUCCGUCGGGAGGGCGCGCGCGGAGCGGGGCGUUUCCAGGGAUUUUGCCGUUUGGGCCGAAUUUCGAAAAAGACGAGUGGACGCGCUUCCUCGAGUGGCAGAAGUGGCGGAAAGACACGCGGAAGAAGCGUGCGUUCGAUCCCGAAGCGAUCUGGACGCCGCAGCGCGACCUUUCGCCCACGCGCUGGAAGACGACGGCCCUCGCGGCGCCGGAGCCCGCGGCGGCUACCUCCGCGCGAAGCGAGCCAAAGAAGGAGGCGAAGGAGAAAAAUGAGGAGGAGCGCGCGAGGGAGCGCGACGAGAGGCGCCACGAAAACAUGACUGCGGAGGAGAAGCAGGCCGAGGCCGCAUGGCGGAAGAAGAUCCAAGAGAUAGAGAAGAAGGGCGGCGGGCGCCGCGUGGACAGCGAUGAGGAGCCGAGCAAAAGGAGGAAAAAGUCCGGAAAAAAACGCAGAAAAGACAGCGACUCAGAGAGUGACAGCAGCACCUCCUCAGAGGCUGAAGCCGAAGCCGACGAAGACGUCAAGGUCCCUGCGGCGAGAGUCCCGGGCAUGGACGGCUCCGCCCUCGAGAAACGGAUGGAAGAGGAGGACAAAGUGCGAGAAGAAAAGAUGGAAAAGUGGCGCGCGAAGCAAGAGAAAAAGAAACGCAGAGUCAUGCGAGAAAAGGAAGAACUCGAGGAACUGGAACUGGAAGAGGCUUGGAAGAAGGCAGGUACGCGGGACUUUGUGAAGGCGCUUUCCUUUAAGGGCGCGAGGCCCGGCUUCGUCUUCCGCACGGGCAAGGAGGGAACGGGAUACUACAAGGAUCGCCAGGAGAUUCUGAAGCUCGUGCGCGACGGUCACAUCGUCGUGAGCGGCGUUCAGCUCGCUGCGGCAGUCAAGAAGGAGAAGGGCUCGCUCAAGGACGGCAAGGGCAAGAAGAAAAAGAAGAGCAAGAAAAAACUCGGAAAGAAGAAGGACAGUGACAGCAGCGACAGCAGUGACAGCAGUGACAGCAGCGACAGCAGUGACAGCAGCGACAGCAGCGACAGCAGCGACAGCAGCGACAGCAGCGCAGACGAGAAAAAGAAGAGAAAGAAGAAAGGCAAGAAGAAGAAAAAGAAGGGCAAGAAGAGCAAGAAGCGCGCCAAGAGGAAGCGGGAGUUGUCCAGCAGCGAAAGCGGCGAUGACGACGACCAGAGGAGCGGCGACGCCUCGGAAGACGAGGAGGGCAGCGCUCCGACGAAGGCUGCAGUCCGCCCGAAUGUCGCAGUCCUGGAGGCUGCUCUAGCGGAGAAGAAGGCUGCAGACGCAGCCGCCGCGGAGGCAGCAUUUGGCGAUUUCUCAGACGACGAGGACGACGAUGCCUUCGGGCCUGCGCCUCUCGGCGUGACCAGCAAGCUCGCCGCGCGAAACGUCGACUAUGGUGGAGCGCUGCGUCCUGGAGAAGGUGCAGCCAUCGCCCAAUACGUGCAAGAAGGAAAGCGUAUUCCUCGAAGAGGAGAAGUCGGGUUGACUGCGGACGAAAUUCAAGCCUUCGAAGACCUCGGAUACGUCAUGAGUGGUUCCAGACAUCGUCGCAUGAACGCCAUUCGUAUUCGAAAAGAAAACCAAGUUUACAGCGCCGAGGAGCAACGCGCGCUGGCGAUGUUCAACUACGAGGAGAAGGCGAAUCGCGAGGCGCAGCUCAUCAACGACCUCCGCGAGAUGCUCAAGAAGCAGAACGAGACUUUGGCGGUGGAGGAGAUGGAGGAAAAGUUUGGCAAGAAACAGGAAGAAUGA